CCUCUGGGGAGGAGGAGGAGGAGGAGCAUGAGACAGAGCGCUUUGAAAGCCUGCAGAGACUGCCUGCAACAGCCGGGACGUGUUCGGGGCCUGAUGGCACGUCUGCAAAGCCACCUGCGCAGAGGCCCUGACAGGGGCCGCUUUCACCGCCACUCACGUCCGGACCCCCUUGGCGAGGUGUGCCAAGCAGUGCCCGCUGGAGCCCAGCAGCCGUGCAGGGAGCCUGCACAAGAGGCUGUUCCCACCAUGGCCCUAUCAGCUUCCCCGGCUCCUCUGACCCCUCUGGCCUCCAUCCUGGCAGCAGACCCGCAAGACCAAUGCAACAUCAAGAGCAUCCUGCAGGGUCCUGCCACAACUUCCUCACCUCCAGGUAACUCCUUUGGGGCAUCUGCCAUCCCAGCCAUCUGGAGUCUUGGCCUCGCCAGCCGUCCCAUGGCAUUCCUCUCCUGCUGGUGGGAGACCACCAAGGCCUUGUUCUUCCCCACCUCACCCAAGUGGGAGGCCCAGCAAGAGCCCACCUCACCGGAGGAGGCCUCCAACUGGGAAAGCCCCACACACAGCUGGGCAGAGACGAGCGGCCCCUCGCUUGUCAGCCCGCCUAGCCAGAGGCUGCUGGACAUCCUCAUCCCCAAGAGGCUGGACCUGAAGUUUCACAAAGAGCGAGAAAAAGAGGGGUCAUUUUCAACACAAAGCAGCUCAGCCUACCCCCUGAGCUCUUUAGGGAUGAUGUGGACACCACUGAGUCGGCAGCAGGAGGCUACAACCCUUCCAUCGUUCGGGAACAUCAAAGACAAAGCAGAGCUGCUGCCUGGUCCUCAGCAGUUCUUAUACCCCGAGGUCUUGAGGGACUACGUCGAGUGCACAUACAGCCAGCUCUUCUGGGGUCUCCCCUCUCUGCACAGCAAGGCAUUGGUGACUACUGCUUUUGUCCCUUGGAGCUCUUCUCAACUACAGGCUCCCCCCAUUUUACUCUAUGGCAUUUCUAGUGGCUUUCCAGAACCCAUUCCACUGAGAAUAUCUGGAGGUUUUUCCCAGGACUCUUUCUUGCCCUGCCCUGAGGCCCAACCCCAGCCUUCCACUCAAAUCUUGCCUCAGUCCCAGGCCCUCUUCCUGCCUCAGACCCAGGCCCAGCCCUUCCUCCCACUGUCUCUCCUGUUCAGACCACCUUCUGCUCCACCCCAGCUGGGGACCCUUGGGCUAUAUUGCCCAACAUUCCAGAAAAAGGCACUCUAUUUCACCCCAGCUGAAAUGCAACCUCUGGCAUGCCCCUGGCUGCAGAAGCAACAGCUGCAAAAGAGGACCACCCAAAAUCAAAGAGACAGGGGCCUGCCUCUCGGGAUCCCACUGUCUCUGGCAAUAAAUCCAUCUCAGUGCCCACUGGUAGACAUGCAGCCUGCACAGGGCCAAGAAGAACCCAGGCAGCCCUCUCCCCUCACAGCCAGUAGUGGCCUGGGCCCAUACAAGACAAGGGCCAGGAGCCCUACCAGAUCCCCGCGGAGAUGCCAAAUGACCAACGAACGAGGCAAGGACUUCCUCGAGGCUCUAGAGCCGUGUCUCAGGAGGGUCUCAAAAUACCUCCUCAGGGCCAGCCUCCCAGACACGUUUCUGGAAAGGACCUCUGACAUGGGGGCAGAAAGGUCCUUACAGAGGGACUCUGCAAAGUGUUUCCCCAGGGUCCCAGAUAGAAGACAUCUAGAAACAACCCUCAAAGUCCACCUGAGGAAAAAGGUGGAGGAGAUUCAUAAGGGUUUGAUCCCUGUGACUGUACAGCAAUCCUGGCUUGCUGUCAAUCAGUCUCUUCCUAAGUGCCACAGUGUCAAGAAAAGCCAAACUCCAGCAUCCUGGAAGUACUGGAAGCCAUAUGUAAACACCUCCAGGGAGAUGUCUGUUCUUAAUCCUGGCAUUCAACAGAUGCUGGAAGUACAUAUUAUGAGCUUUCGGGUAAGGCACAUGUGGGACUUUCCUACCCAGGCCUUUGAACCUAUACAUCUCAAGCCAAGUAGGGCUCAGCCCUCACCCCUUCCAAGGUCUACCUUUUCCCCCUCAGCCACCCAGAAACCCAGGGAACACUCCAAAGCCAAGGUUUCCAGCCCAGGGCUCGUGGCUGACCUCAAAGGGAUCGAAGAGAGCAGCCAAGGGCAGCAGAAAUCCAUAAAACCAAAACGUAGGGACCCAUACAAUAGCCAGGGUGUGAGGCUUGCCCCAACUGAUGAGUGGAGGGGAUUUAAGAGGCUCCAACCUGAAGAGCACAAAAACUCAAAGAGCAGCCAGAGACCACAGCAACCGCCAAACCCAAAAGUGAGGAACCCAUGUAAGGGCCAGAUGGCCUCAGAUGAUGAGGAGGUCUGCAAGUGGCUCCUACCAGAAGAUGAUGACGAAACAAACAGCCAGAGAGAGAUGUUUGCCCCAGAUAAGGAGUGGCAGGGCUUCAAGAGGCCCAAGCCAAAAGCACAUAAAGAAAGAAAGAGCUGGAGAGAGAGGUUUGCCCCAACUGAUGAGUGGAGGGGAUUUAAGAGGCUCCAACCUGAAGAGCACAAAAACUCAAAGAGCAGCCAGAGACCACAGCAACCCCCAAACCCAAAAGUGAGAGACCCAUGUAAGGGCCAGAUGGCCUCAGAUGAUGAGGAGGUCUGUGAGUGGCUCCUACCAGAAGAUGACGAUGAAACAAACAGCCAGAGAGAGAUGUUUGCCCCAGAUAAGGAGUGGCAGGGCUUCAAGAGGCCCAAGCCAAAAGCACAUAAACAAAGAGCGAGCUGGAGAGAGAGGUUUGCCCCAACUGAUGAGCGGAGGGGAUUUACGAAGCUCCAAUCAGAAGCGUAUGAAGAAAAGUUUUCAGGACUAAGGGCUUCCCAAGCCAAUGCUGUGAGCCAUCCUCCCAAGGUCAAGGAAAGAGGAGAGUCCCUUGGGAGCAAAGACCUCCCGUUCUCACCAAGGGAGGAACACAUUUUACCUGAAAGCUCCUUCAGAAGAAGGAUGAAGCACUUUCUGCAGCAUGUAAGUCCCCAUCAAAAAGGUAAAGGAACAGAAACAGUCCUUCAGAAAGGCAAGCCUGUAUCACUCACUGCUCCAAGCCAGGAACCAGUCAAAUGUAGAUCCGGGCAUCCAGAAGCUGAGGUGACUGGAACUGUUAUUGGACAGAUCCUUGGAAAGCAACCCGGGCUUCGUCAAGACCUCCAGCCCUCAGAGUUAAACCAGCACACACAACAGCUCCAGCCCCCAGCAGCGGGGCAGUCCCACUACCAGAAGAUUCGGAUGUUCUUUGAACAGAAAAGACUGUUGAGAAACCGAGCUCACGGUCACCAAACCACCCCCAAGGACCCCAGCUCUCUCAACAGUGGGGGCACCAAAGACAAGGCUGGCAAGGGGACCUCCCCACCCAAGGACCUGGGGACCCCAGGCAGACCCUGCCAGCAGGGACCAAUGGUGGCAGGUACCUCAGGCCACCUGCACCAUCCCCUGACAUGCUCGCCUCCAAAAGGUGCAUCUGCUGGUCAACCAGGGUGUGCUCCUCAAGCUUUGCCUGGGAGGAGAAUUCCGUCCAUGCUAAGGAAACACGUUUCUCCCUCAUGCUAGCACAUCUUCUAUGUGCCAAUGGCUUAUUCCUACCAUAAUGUUCAUUGUUUCCCCAAAUACAUGUUUUUUUCCCACAAGA